CUUCAUAAUUCACAGCAACACCGGCAGAACAGAGAAAGUAACGGCUCCGAGAUCUUGCAAGUAGUGAACCUAAUUCAACUCCAUGUAAGAAGACGAGGAACUUGCUUCUUCGCUGGUAUCUACAACACUGGAAAGGAGUGAGAGCGGAAGUUUUUGAAUCUCUCCGCUUCAUCUUCGAAAUAGGGUUUGCAGGCUCAGCUGAGCUGCAUGUUCUCAUUCAAUACCAGCAAAGGUCCAAAGCAGAUGACUGGUCAAUGGUUCAUCUGGUCAACAGAUGGUAUAAUGUAUAGAAGGUUAUGCCCUUUGCCUGCAUUCAUAGCCUCUAACAUCUGGUGAACUUGGUGAAGCAGCUAUGGAUUUGCUCCAGAGCUAUGCAGAGAAAAGCGAUGAUGAGGAAGAACAAAACCCUACGACAACCUCAUCUGCUCCUUCGUCACCAGACUCAUCUCCUCCUCGAAUUUCUUUACCUUCAAAAACCUCAGCUCCAAAUGUUGAUGACACCACACUUGCCCUCACAGUUGCCAACAAAAAUCGAAUCCUCCACAAACCAAUCGAUCCAUCUCAGCAUGUUGUAGCUUUCAACCCUACAUAUGACCAGCUCUGGGCUCCGAUAUAUGGUCCUGCUCAUCCCUAUGCAAAGGAUGGUAUUGCCCAAGGCAUGAGAAAUCACAAGUUAGGAUUCGUGGAGAACGCAUCAUUAGAACCCUUCAUCUUUGAUGAACAGUAUAAUACAUUCCACAAGUAUGGAUAUGCUGCUGACCCUGCGGCGUCAGAAGGGAACAAUUAUGUUGGUGAUUUGGAGGCUUUGCAGAAAAACAACGGUGUUUCUGUUUAUAAUAUUCCAGAGCAUGAGCAGAAGAAGAGAAAGCUUAAGAGAAAGAAAGAAUUGGAGAAUGAGGAGCUUGAUAAUUCAGGUGGUGAUGUUGAUAUUUCUGAGAUCGAAAAUCCUGCAUCAGAAGAGUGGCUAAAGAAGAACCGAGUCAGCCCAUGGGCUGGGAAGAAGGAAGGAUUGCAGACAGAAUUGACGGAAGAGCAGAAGAAGUAUGCAGAGGAACAUGCUGAAAAGAAGGCUGAGAAGGAAAGGGGUGGAGGUGAUAAGACUGAACAUAUAACAGAUAAGAGUACUUUCCAUGGGAAGGAGGAACAGGACUACCAGGGUAGGUCGUGGAUUGCUCCCCCAAAAGAUGCCAAGGCAACAAAUGACCAUUGUUACAUUCCAAAGCGGUGGGUCCACACAUGGAGUGGGCACACAAAAGGUGUAUCAGCCAUUCGAUUCUUUCCAAAGUCUGGACAUCUGCUCCUCUCCGCAGGAAUGGACAACAAAGUCAAGAUUUGGGAUGUUUUCAACUCAGGAAAGUGCAUGCGGACAUACAUGGGCCAUUCAAAGGCUGUUCGUGACAUCUCCUUUUCAAAUGAUGGGACAAAAUUUUUGAGUGCUGGUUAUGAUAAAAACAUAAAGUAUUGGGAUACAGAAACUGGGAAGGUAAUUUCAACAUUUUCUACUGGAAAGAUCCCCUAUGUUGUGAAGCUUAACCCAGAUGAUGACAAGCAGAACAUCCUACUGGCAGGAAUGAGUGAUAAAAAGAUUGUUCAGUGGGAUAUGAACACUGGACAGAUCACCCAAGAGUAUGAUCAACAUUUGGGUGCCGUAAAUACCAUUACAUUUGUGGACAAUAACAGGAGGUUUGUCACAUCAAGUGAUGACAAAUCCCUCCGUGUGUGGGAAUUUGGAAUUCCUGUCGUAAUAAAGUACAUCAGUGAGCCUCACAUGCACUCAAUGCCAUCAAUUUCCCUUCACCCUAAUUCAAAUUGGCUUGCAGCUCAGAGUUUGGACAAUCAGAUUCUUAUUUACAGCACAAGGGAGAGGUUUCAGCUCAACAAGAAAAAGAGAUUUGCAGGGCACAUAGCGGCUGGUUACGCCUGCCAAGUCAAUUUCUCGCCAGAUGGACGUUUUGUCAUGUCCGGGGAUGGCGAGGGCAAAUGCUGGUUUUGGGACUGGAAAAGUUGCAAAGUAUUCAGAACACUAAAGUGUCACGAGGGUGUAUGCAUUGGCUGUGAGUGGCAUCCACUGGAACAAAGCAAAGUGGCAACCUGUGGCUGGGAUGGCAUGAUUAAGUACUGGGAUUAGCCAAUUUUCAGUGAUGCCCUGCGGCUUGUAUCAGUCAGUUAACUGCUAGAGAAUGUCAGAUUCCAUUAGGGUGGUGACUUGAUGGUCAAUUGCUGAUUUUCUCCUCUCACUUGCAGGGAUUAGCCAAUUUUCAGUGAUGCACUACAGCUUGUAUCAGUCAGUUGACUCAUCCUGCCCAUUCUAGGAGGAUAGAAAGGGACUAGAAAUAUUCUUGAAGCGAUACGCUCGUCCCAGUCAAAAGUAUUGUAACAUCUGUGAGCUUUUGUUUUUCUCAGUUUUUCUCAGUUUUUGUCAUUAUGGAUAUUUCAAGUAACUUGAUGAAUAUGUAUCGCAUCUUAACCAAUUUCAGGCCCUCUUUUUCACA